CGCCCCUAAACCAACGUACUGACAACGCUACCUCCCCGGAACUCAAACUUUAACGUGUUGAAAUCUGAUUGUACAGGAUGUCUCUACUAGGUAGCUUCAAUGCUCCCCCACCGCCUGGUUUUGUGACGGCGUGUGAGAGAAAUGGAGAGCUUGUCACUGUAACGGCAGAGGAAGCAGUGGCCGUGGUCAGUAUGCAGGGCCUUGAUUACCCACAAUUCCAAGUCUCAAGAGAGAUGUUGGCUCGCCCAAAUCUUUCAAAGGAGUCUGCGCGGAUGGCAUUCAUUGAGCACAAUGAAACUUUAUGGAAGAGGACACUGCAUGCCUGGUAUGAACAUGGCAUAGCAGGUGUCUUGGAAGAAUUCUCCAAUCAUAAACAAGGAAACAUGGUGUCCAAGAUAUCACUUCGUCUCCUGGCUCUGGUCAGAUGGAGCAGCUCACUUCAUGGCUCACUCUUCCCCCAUCUCACCAUGUCCCAGGAAGAUAUGAUUGCAGAGUUCUCGAGGAACUUAGACUGGAGAAACAGUCCCAUUCGUGUAUUUGCCUGGCAUUCCACCACGGUCAAGUACGCCGUCUGCCUACAAGACAAUUCCAUCCGAGUUUAUCGACAGAAAUCCGACAUAGUUCCAUUACUCAAACAUAAGCUACAGAAAGGAGUGGCAGAUUUGGCUUGGAGACCAUUUUCCUCGUCUAUUCUUGCUGUCGCCUGCCAAACCUGCAUCCUGAUCUGGCAUGUCGACCCAAUGUCGCUGUCAACUAGACCAUCGACUGGAUCAGUUCAAGUCCUCAGUCACAGCGGCCAUUGUCCGAUCACAUCAAUUGCCUGGUGUCCUAAAGGUGGCGCUUUGAUAUCAGCUUCGCCAGCAGAUACAUCUAUGAUGGUUUGGGAUGUUGGUCUAGAGACGUGUGUACCAUUAUGUCGCCUUGGUGGAGGAGGUGUUAGUUUACUGCACUGGUCACCAGAUGGAGGCAAACUGUUUGCUGCUACACCUUCUUCAAUGUUCAGGGUUUGGGACUGCCAAAGUUGGACGUGUGAACGCUGGUCAAAACUAAUCGGUCAAUGUCAGACUGCUUGCUGGAGUCCUGACAGUUCAGUCCUACUCUUUGCCACAGCAAAGGAACCUAUCAUAUACUCCCUUACAUUUGGCAAGGCGGUGAAUGAGAAGAGCUUUGUGAUUGGUGGGUCAAAGAUGGCUAUCGCUAGUAUCAAUUUGGAAGAAGUGGUGAUGGAUCUGGGUGAUGAAACAGUGAGAUUUGGAGGGCAGGUGCAGUCGUUGUGUUGGGAUCCUACUGGCGAAAGGUUAGCUGUGCAUUUCAAAGAGAAUACUGGCAGUCCAGAGUUGGUGUUGGUAUUCCGAACCAAACUUCACCCAGUGCUGGAGGUUGUGCCGUGUGGUUUUGUCCAAGGUCAGGUCGGCGAGAUCCCAAAUGUGAUUUCAUUCCAACCGAGAUUUGCUCAUGGUGCUGUCUUGACUGUGGUUUGGUCCAGUGGACGAGUGUCUUUCAUCCCGCUCUAUUUCGUCUCUGAACGAGGAAUCCAUCUGCAUAAUAACAUUUAUCUUGAUAACGGAUUCAGUGGACAUGGUCAUAGUAAAUCACUCUACUCAGAGUCACUGCAGGACUUUGAGAGAGGUACUGUAUGAUCACUCUACUCGGAGUCUCUACAGGAUUGAGAGGUACUGAAUAAUCACUCUACUCAGAGUCACUGCAGGACUUUGAGAGGCACUGCAGAAUUACGAGCAGGACUUCACGAAAUUGACAAUCAUGAAGGCCAGUGAGCAAGUAUGAUGUAGGCAGCUGAACUGGAGAUGUGGCUUUGUAAAUAAACGUCCCAGACCAUGACAUUGUUGAAUAUUUGGAAAGCAUAGUGGGUAAACCACUCUUGUUCUUCAUCUCAACCUGGUUUCCUAUCUGUAU